UGGAAGACAGACAGAUAAGAGAGGAUCACGAUUUCCAGAUGGACACUAUGGAAUGUGGAAAGAGGCAGCAAACAGAGGCAUUUGACAAUACUUUCUGGCCUGCCUCUUCUCUCCCUGACUGGAUGUCUGGCUUACCUGACCACCUUUCUCUUUCCAAAAUCUCCAUCCCUGGCACUCAUGACUCCAUGAGCGUGCUUGGAGGCCUAAAUAUCCGUUGUCAGACUUGGCCACUUGAGGCUCAGCUAGCAGCUGGCGUGCGUUUCUUGGAUAUUCGUUGUAAACUGGAAAAUGGCCGUUUCCUUAUUUACCAUGUCAACACUUUCCAGGAGGCAGACUUUUCUGAUGUCCUGGAAGGAACCUUAAGCUUCCUCAACCAACACCCAGGGGAAACGGUACUUAUGCGGGUUAAAGAAGAACUCCCAUUUAUUCCCAAUGUAGAUUACGCUUCUCGCUUCCAACGUUAUUUAGCUGAAGAAGGCCAGAAUAAAAUUUGGACAAAGGAAGCCAUUCCCACUUUAAGGCAAGCUCGGGGGAAGAUCAUUAUUUUGGAGGAAAUUGAGAAAGAGGUGCUAGGUGUUCCAUAUGAAGAACUGAGUGUUAGUGAUGUGUGGCAUGUUUUCUGCCCUGAGUGCAAAUGGGAGCGAGUGAAGGAGCAUCUUGAGUUGGCAACCAGUGGUGACCCAACUGUCCUGCACCUUACCUUUUGUUCCGGUAAUGGCCUCUUCACAAAUCCUGAGAAAUUAGCCAGAGACAUCAACCCACGCUGUUAUCAAUAUCUCAAGUCUCAGGCUGGACCAGCUCUCUGUUGGGGUGUGAUAAUCCUGGAUUUUCCCGGCACAGGAUUGAUUCAAACAAUUGUGGAAAGUAACUUUGGAACACAGCAUGAUGAUGUAACUGUUUGACAUUUGUGAUGAAACGGUGGAAGAGGAGGAUUCUAGAAUGUUGUGCAUAUUAGCUUCAGAAGCUUGGUACAUUUUUUUCAAACAAACAUUGAAAAUCAAGCUUGUUUGGAAGCCAUGUCCUCUAAUGGAGAAUGUGGCUUCUUUGUCCUGAUCUGCAAGAUCAAGAAUUAUCCUGUUUCAUUCUGAAUUAUGAAUUUGGAAGAGUGACGUUGGCCACUACUGGCAUUGCAACAUAAGCGCAGUAGCAUCCCUGAUAGAUGGCCAUCCAUCAAAACCUGAAAUAAAGGAGAAUCCAUCAUUUUCAACACAUUCUCUUCCAUUUCCAAAUAGCUCAGGUCAUUAGGAAGGCUUUGUUUUCAUGCUAAAAAGUGUCUUGUAAUGUAAUUCUCUGAAACAAAACAAAGAAUGCAUUUGCUCCAUUAUCAAUAAUAGAGCUUCAGCUAUUACAUUAUUUGAUUUUUAACUAUGCCAUUUUCAAGUUAUACAUACCCUAAAAGAUAUUUCCUAAAAGAAUUUGAUUUUGUAAUCUUUCUCCAGUUUCAGUGUUUUUCCUUUCAGCCAUUUUAACUGUCUAUCUUUCUAUCAUAAGGAAAACACCAGACAAAAACAUUUGUUGGAUUAUUCACUUGCUGUUCAUUUCACUCCUUCUCUGCAUAAGUUGCUUGCCUCAAAACAGAAUGUACUGGGAGCCAAUGCAGCUCACAAAGUAGAGGUGUUACAUAGGUACACUGACUACUCAUACUGCUGCAUUUUGGAACAGUGCAUCUGUCUUCAAGGGCAGCUCCAGAGAGAGCACAUUGUAGUAGUCCAACCAGAGGUGACUAAGAUGUGAGUGACUAUAACUAGUCACCCGUUUAGACAAUAAAUGUGCACAAUUGAUGUACAAUUGAUGUAAAGGAUUUCUUGGUCACAGCUGCUACCUGCUCUUUAAAAAUGUUUGGCAGGAAGGAGUAAUGACGCAUAGCAUAUAAUACAGCCAUUUUGAUCUGUGGU